UAGUUGUGACGUAACCGCAGGAACGAAAACACGCGCACAUGUGUUCCUCCACAAAUCAGUGGCUGAAAGUGUAUCAGACCUUCGCUACGUGCAAGUUUUAAGAAAGAACAAGAGCUUGACAACGUUUGUGAAUAUAAUAAUUGUAGUUUAUCGAGAACAAUUAUUAAACCGUGACUUUAAAACUAUGCGACAUUCCCGAGAAAUCUUAUGUAAUGACCGCGCGACUGCGGGCAGUUCAUGUUUACUUUUGAUCAAUACAUUGACGGGCGUGCAUUCUAUUUUGUGAUGGAACAUUAUAUUUUAAGAUUUCUUAAGUUUUGUGAUACGUUUUUGUGAAGUGCAUCGUGCGUUAUUGUGGUUUAUGCACUUGACAGCCCCUGCAUUCGGAGUUUUUAAUUGAGAAACGAUUGACAUUUAUUAAGUGCACCUCAAAGAAAUAAAAAAUUUGUACAAAUAUUUUAACGCUGCUCUUCAGUUAUCAGCAGAAUUUUAUUUUUUCACAUUUCUCCCCUUUUUGAACUAAGUCCUGGUCUCACCAGAUUUAAGCCCAAACAGCGUCGUUUCAAAUAAGAACAUGCAACCUAAAUAAUUUGCAUCAUCUUUUAACAACACUAGAUCAAAAUGAAGAGCAAGUUGCUGGCAAUUCUGCUGUUUGUAUGGCUUGCAAACAUUCAGAGGUGUUUCGGAUACAAAAUUUUGGGAUUAUUUCCGUAUAAUGGUCGAAGUCAUAUCGUGAUAUUCGAGAGUAUAAUGAAAGGACUGGCAGAACGGGGACAUGAGGUGCAUGUUUUGAGCCAUUACCCUCAAAAAGUCAAAAUAGCAAACUACACAGAUCUCAGCGUCUUGGGAUCCAUUCCUUUGCCCAACAAUCAAUUUUCCUUCGAUGGGUUUAGCAGUAUUAGAUCCAGGUUUCACUUCUUCAACAACAUGUUUGCAUUGUAUAGCAUGAUUGAGGGGCAUGAAAGGGUUAUGAAAUCCGAGACUGUACAGAAACUGAUGGAGUCUAACGAAAGGUACGAUCUGAUCAUAACCGAAUCCUGGAUCCCGGACAUGAUGCUCGGCUUCGUCCACAAGUUCAAAGUCCCUUUGGUCCUCUUGAGCUCCUUCGGGCCGCCCCCGUGGACGAGCGACUUCCUGGCGAACCCGCAGAACCCGGCCUACGUCCAACACCACUUGGCCCCCUACAGCCCGAAGAUGUCCUUCAUGGAGCGCGUCUUCAACACGGGCGGUUUGUUCCUCAACCUCGUGGCCUGGUACGGGCUCUUCCUCCCCAAAAAUGAGCAGAUCAUGCGGAAGUACUUCGGGGAAGAUACACCACCCCUCUUGGAGACGCUCAAAAAUGCCAGUCUCGUAUUGGCUAAUACCCACCCGACUAUCCACGGCGCUCGUCCCUACGCCGCGAAUGUUUUCGGGGUUGGUGGCGUUCAUUUGGCACCGGUCAAGAAACUGCCUAAAGAUAUAGAGGAGUUCAUCGAGAAAUCUCAACACGGUGUAAUCUAUUUUUGCAUGGGCUCUUUGUUGAGGGCAGCUACUUUUCCUGAGGAAAAGAAGAAGGCUUUCCUCCAUGCGUUUUCUAAGUUGAAGGAACGCGUUCUUUGGAAAUUCGAAGAGAAAACUUUAACCGCACCAAAAAAUGUCAUGAUCAAAGAGUGGAUGCCCCAAAGGGAUAUCUUAGCGCAUCCAAAAGUCAAGUUGUUUAUCGGUCACGGUGGUUUGUUGGGAACACUGGAAGCCAUGAGUGAAGGGAAACCAAUGGUUGGGAUCCCGAUGUUCGGCGAUCAAUCCCUGAACUUACGGACCCUUGAAGAUCAGGGAGUAGCCAAGCUCAUUAAGUAUGACGAGAUCACUAAUGAUACCAUCAAUGAUGCGGUCCAAGAAAUGUUGAAACCAGAAUACGCAGAGAGGGCAAAGGAACUCGCAAGAUUAUUCCAUGACCGGCCAAUGUCAGCGAUGGACACAGCUGUCUACUGGAUUGAAUACGUCAUACGGAGUAAAGGAGCUCGAAAGCUACGCCCCGCGGCUGUCGAUCUAACUUUUUACCAGUAUCUGCUAUUAGAUGUGAUCCUAUUUUACGUUAUUUCUGUGAUAUGUAUUUUGUAUUUAAUUUAUUAUCUUUUAAGUUACCUAUGUUGUCGAAGUAAAUCAAAACAUUUGAAGUCAAAAGUUAAACGUCAAUAAAUCUACGAUAUUAAAAUCUGC